AUGGAUAAAUUCGUGGAAAGUUUAAAUUUAAAUUAUAUGUGUCGUUAUGAAAACCUAGAUUUUAAGCCAGAAAUUAAAUUUAAGAGGAAUAAUAAUCCAGUUUUAGAAAGUUUUACCGAAAUUAAAGUAUACACACCAGACAAAAAAGCAGACAAUGCAUGGAAAUCUGUAUCAUCGAGUGUUAACGUUAGUGAAUCUGUAUCAUCGAGUGUUAACGAUAGUGAAUCUGAUUAUCUGAAUAAAACAAAAAUUCUUAUUCCACUUUUUAAAAUAAAAUUUAAUGACGAAAAUGACGAACUGUUUAAAGGUCAUGAGAACUUAUUUGUUCCAAUGAUAGCAUGGAUUGGAGGGUUUUUAGUUAUUAAAAAGUAUCCUGAAGACCAUUUUGAACAGCACGUACUGCAAGCAUGCAUAAACUAUGCAAUAAACAAUACCCAAGCAGAACAAGAAAUUUCAUUUCAAGACCUUGGAAUCCCUCUCAAUAUUGAAGGUUUAAAUUGUGAUGAACAUAUUGAUGAAAUGAAUAAAUUGCAUAAAUAUAUUGAAGAACUGUAUGACUUUAAGUAUGCUUCCGUAAUCGCAUAUGAGAAAGUCAUUAGCCCAUCUGAUAAAGGUAUAAAGCAUGAUCUUCUGGUACCAGGAAUUUCCAAUCAUAAAGUAUAUAGUAUGGAUGAAUGGUUACAAGACAACGUAUUUUUGAAGAUUCCAAAAUAUAAAUUAGGCCAUGGGCUAGUGAUCUCCUCCGAUGGUGUAGUUAUUAGUAAGAAACCUGCAAAAAAAAUUUCAAUUUCAUCAAUCAGAAGGAUCCGAAAAACUAAAAAGGAAUGUUUCAUUGAAAUCAGCAAUGAUCAAUCACCAAAUACUUCUCAUUAUCGUUAUAGAAUUGUUAAUGAGCAAAUUGAAUUUACAUUAUCUAAUAAGGAGCCAACAGAAAUGUUUGAAAAAGCCAUUGAUAGAGCAUUAAAAUCUAAAGCCGAAUAUCGGUAUGAGAAAUUGACGGAUGUAUUUUUAGAAUAUGGUCAUGUAAUUUGCCAAAAGUUCACUAUGGGAAAAGUAAUUGAUGCUUUGUCGAAUAAAAAUAAAUUGCCAACUGAAGGAAAAAAGAAUAAUUUGCCAAAUGAAGAAAAAAAGAAUAAUUUGCCCAAUGAAGAAAAAAAGAAUAAUUUGCCCAAUGAAGAAAAAAAGAAUAAUUUGCCUAAUGAAGAAAAAAAGAAUAAUUUGCCUAAUGAAGAAAAAAAGAAUAAUUUGCCUAAUGAAGACGGAUCAGCGAUUUCAGAAGAAAAGAAUACUUAUGUCAACGACUCCUGGUCCACUGACCUUUCUAAAAAAGAUCUUAAGUCAUGGCAUGUAGUAGAUAAAUACGAAAUGAUUCCUAUUACUAACCUCCUUAAUGAAGCAACUCAGCAAGAAAUUGAAAACAUUAUAGAAAAUAAAUCAGAAGAGGAAGAUAAAAAUUGCGAGAUCACUAGAUUUAAGCAUGAAAAAAUCCAGAAUGAAAAGUCGUAUUUCAAAUUUGCUGGGACAGCAGAGACAAUUGAUGAAAAAAAACCUGAUAAAAAGUUAAAAAAUCAUAUUAUAAACUUUGUAAACCGGAUCAAAAAAGGUGAAUAUUAUUUAGACAAUACUUUUGAAUGCGUAAUUAAAGAAGAGCCAGAAGAAGAUAAUCAUUCUGAAAUUAAUGGAUACGCAAAGAUCUCUAAAACUGGCGCCAAUAACGCUGACGUUCCUAAAAUUAAAAUUCAUGAGGAACAAACUGUCAAUGCUAAUGAUUCUGUCAAAAGUGACGCUUCUGAAAUUAAUAAUUAUGAGGAGCAACAACAUAAGGUUAUUACUAAAAAAGUUAGCAGCACGAAACUAUCUACCCAGGUUGUUGAGAAGAUAAUUGAGAACAAUAAUCCGUAA